UUCAUCUCUUAACUAGGUUUUUCAAUUUCUGUUCAAUCUUCCACUCUGAUUGCCAAUAAAACUUCCGCUUUUUUCCUCCUCCAGCGUCUUCUCGCUCUAUCUCUGAAACUCACGCCGCCCUUCCUCCUCCGGCGCCGCCCACUUCUCCAGGCUCCGGCACUGACUGUUGCUCCAGCCAACCAGCCCCCUGUUUCAGAGCCGUCGCAUGAAAGACUUUGUUAUUGAACCGCCUGCAUAAAUCCUCUCAAAAGAAUAAGGCUGCGCUUAUUGGAAUAUCUGAUUUCUCAAAUCAUCUCCGAACGAUUCUUCCAUUUGCUGAUGCCAAGCAUUCAAGAAUGAUGGCAAUUUUCAAUAAUCCUGUGCUGAAACUGCGGCUUCAGCAGAAACCGUUCUACUUGUAUAACACUUUUAAAAGGUUAUCAUCUUUGAAUGAUGGGACUUGUGGUGUGGAUGGUAAUGAAGGAAUUAGCAAUGACGGGAAGUGGAGAACUCCUCAUAGUAAUGGAGGAGAUGCUCAUAUGAGGAAACAUGAAGUUCUUAGGAGAGGGAUUGAGAAUGUGUAUCAUAUAUUGGAAAGUGGUCCAUGGGGACCUUCAUUGGAGAAAGCUCUCUCUUUGUGUGAUGAUAAACCUGAGCCAGACCUGGUUAUUGGAGUGUUGAGGAGGCUGAAGGAUAUCAAUCUAGCAAUUCACUACUUUAGAUGGGUGGAGAAGGCGACAAACCAAGUGAAUCUGCCAGAAACAUACCAUUCGCUUCUGAUAUUGAUAGCAAGGUGUAGGAAAUUUGAUAGAAUUGGACAUAUUUUGGAGGAAAUGAGUCUUGCUGGAUUUGGACUUUCUUUCGAGACUAGCAUGGAGUUAGUUUCUAGUUGUGUGAGGGCGCAAAGGUUGAGGGAGGCGUAUGAUCUUAUGCAAACAAUGAGAAACUUCGAAUUCCGCCCAGCAUUUUCAGCAUACACCACUCUUAUAGGGGCACUGGCUGUGGUGCGUAAGCCUGAGCACCCUAAUCUCAUGCUUUCCCUCUUUCAUCAGAUGCAGGAGUUAGGUUAUGAAGUAAGUGUGCAUCUAUUUACGACUUUAAUUCGUGUUUUCGCCCGUGAUGGUCAGGUUGAUGCUGCUCUCUCAUUGUUAGAUGAGAUGAAAAGCAACUCAUUUCAAGCAGACAUUGUUCUAUAUAAUGUGUGUAUCGACUGCUUUGGCAAGGCUGGUAAAGUUGAUAUGGCUUGGAAAUUCUUUCAUGAGAUAAAAUCCCAUGGUCUCAUUCCUGAUGAUGUGUCAUUUACCAGCAUGAUAGGAGUUCUUUGUAAAGCUAAUAGGAUGAAUGAAGCUGUUGAGCUGUUCGAACAGAUGGAGCUGAAUAGGUCUGUUCCAUGUGCAUAUGCUUAUAACACCAUGAUCAUGGGCUAUGGGUCUGCUGGAAAGUUUGAUGAAGUGUAUAAGUUGCUUGAGAGGCAAAGAAUGAAGGGAUCUAUUCCAAGUGUGAUUGCAUACAAUAGUCUUCUUACAUGCCUUGGUAGGAGAGGAAAAGUAGACGAAGCCUUAAUAGUUUAUAGUGAUAUGAGAACAGAUGCCAUGCCCAACCUCUCUACAUAUAAUAUUCUUGUUGAUAUGCUUUGUCGGGCAGGAAAACUUGAUGCAGCUUUAGCAAUACAACAAGACAUGAAGGCAUCUGGCAUGGCUCCUGAUAUAAUGACCGUCAACAUAAUGAUAGACAGAUUGUGCAAGGCGAAUAAACUUGAUGAGGCUUGUUCUGUCUUUCGCAGCAUGGAUCGUAAAGUUUGUAGUCCAAACAAAUAUACAUUUUGUUCCCUGAUAGAUGGCUUGGGCAGGCAUGGCAGAGUAGAUGAUGCAUAUAAAUUAUAUGAAGAGAUGUUGGAUUCUAACGAGGUGCCGGAUGCGAUUAUAUAUACAUCCCUAAUCAAGAACUUUUUCAAGUCUGGCAGAAAGGAGGAUGGUCAUAAGAUCUACAAGGAAAUGGUCCGACAAGGCACCUCACCAGACCUCACACUCCUUAACACUUAUAUGGAUAGUGUUUUCAAAGCUGGUGAAACAGAAAAGGGCAGAGCCCUGUUUGAGGAUAUCAAAGUGCAGUUUACCCCUGAUGCACGAAGCUACUCGAUUCUAAUAAAUGGUCUCAUAAAGGCUGGUUUUGCACGUGAGACUUACGAGAUCUUCUAUGCAAUGAAGGAACAGAGUUGUGCUCUUGACACCCUUGCUUAUAACACUGUUAUUGAUGGAUUUUGUAAAUCAGGUAAAGUUAAUAAAGCUUACCAGCUAUUGGAGGAAAUGAAGGCCAAAGGUCAUCAACCGACUGUGGUGACAUAUGGUUCUGUUAUUGAUGGGCUUGCUAAGAUUGACCGGCUUGAUGAAUCUUAUAUGCUUUUUGAAGAAGCAAAAUCAAUUGGAGUAGAACUGAAUGUAGUUGUGUAUAGCAGUCUUGUAGAUGGGUUUGGAAAGGUGGGCAGAAUAGAUGAAGCAUAUCUCAUCAUAGAGGAAAUGAUGCAGAAUAAUUUGACGCCUAACAUUCAAACAUGGAAUUGCUUGCUUGAUGCACUUGUUAAGGCAGAAGAGAUUGAUGAAGCCCUUGUCUGCUGGAAUUCUAUUAAAGACUUGAAAUGCAUACCUAACAUUGUAACAUACAGCAUUCUUAUAAAUGGUCUGUGUAAGGUUCGGAAGUUCAAUAAAGCCUUUGUGUUUUGGCAAGAGAUGCAGAAACAAGGGUUGAAACCUAAUGCAAUCACCUAUGUCACAAUGAUAUCUGGGCUUUCCAAGGCUGGUAAUGUAUUGGAGGCUGUUAAACUGUAUGAAAGAUUCAAAGAAAACGGAGGUAUACCUGAUUCGGCCUGCUAUAAUGCAGUGAUAGAAGGCUUGAGCUUAGCGAAUAAGGCAACAGAGGCAUAUCAACUAUUUGAGGAAACAAGGUUAAAAGGUUGUAAAAUACACACCAAAACCUGUGUGGUUCUUUUGGAUGCGCUUCAUAAAGCUGAAUGUCUCGAGCAAGCUGCUAUAGUGGGCGCUGUAUUAAGGGAAACAGCUAAAUCACAACAUGCUUCUAGAUCGUUUUGAUGUUGAAUUUUCCGGUGCCAGAAGUUGUGUAUCUUUUGGUGUGUUGGCUCUUCUAUUUACAAGCAUAGAAAGAUUGAAUGGAAACUUGCACAUGUUAAGUGAGUGGACAUUGAGGAAGCAAUCGACUCAAUAUCAACUAAUUUUAUGAGCACCACACAUAUUGAUCAAUUAACUUGGAUUGCAUUGCAGAUUUGUCCCUAGAGCGCUGCAGUGCAAGCUCCUUAUAUUGGUUGGUACAUUAUAAGAAGCUCCUUGCAGUUCCUUCCAACCAUUCCCGGAUACAUUCUUGAAACAAUAUGGUCGGGUGUUCCUUUCUGCAUAAACGUGUCGAAAUUCGCACGCAUCACAUAAUAUUCUUCUGGUUGUACUUGAUUUUGUCCAUCAAGUGUUUGUGGGUCCUACACGAAAUUCCUUGUGAAACUCAAGGUGAUCGAAGGAUAAGGAUAAUGAUAUUUCUCCUAGAUAGGCCUUCCAACAGUUGUAUGUAUAACUAAUGCAGCUUUUACUUUCUUCACAUGUGGUGUCCUAAACAAGAGACAAAAUGGGUCAGAACUGAGUAGGCAUUUCGCUGUAAUGCAGAUUGCGUGCCCAAAUUGCCUCCCAACAAAUUGGAUACUGUGUAAUACUGAUUACAGUACAUUUUUAUUAUACAUUUUACUACAAUUAAUUUCUCUAGGCUUGACACAA